AUGCCAUUGGCCUUGUCAAUUCAUGAUCUUCAUGAAACUAUAAUAAAAAGGUUAGAGGCUGUUUAUGGUAAUCCAUUACCUUCCAAUAUUAAUAUCCCAUCAGACGAAUGGAUUCGUCUUCAAUUUUGCUUUACAAAUGCUACUACAAUACAGGCAAUGUAUUAUACUGGCCGAUUUAAAGUAAAUUUUAAAGUGCAAGGGAGAAUGCUUCAAAAAAGUAGUGAAGACGCACAUUAUUGUGCAGCACUUUUUCGAUACUUUAGAGAAUUUUGUAUCCGGUACCGUCAAUGGGCUUGCUUAAUUUCUGCGGAUGAUAAACAUAAGAUUCCUAUUAGAGAAGAUGUUGCAGUUUCUACAGGAAGCACUUUGGCUGCUGCUGAUCAUGAUUUCUCAAAACUAUCUCUAACACCGUCAGUAGUUUUUUUAAUUUCUAUUCCUAAUGAUAUUUCUGGAUUAUUUUAUGAUGAAUCAGAAUUAAAAGAAUGCAUCACGGGCAUUCAAGAAAUAUUAAAAAAUCGAACUGUACGACUUAGAUUAAAAAACAAUAAAUUUAAAUGCCAUUCCCCGGCAAGUCAAGAAGAGAUUACUGAAGUAUUUGAGGUAAAUAUUUAA